AUUUUUCGUGAUUUUUCCUUUCGUUUACAUCCAAACUCUGGAGCAAAAAACGGACAUCGGUUCGUCAUCUCCUGUUGUGUCGCCGCGGAUCGAAUUUAUUUUAUUUCAGUGAAGAAGAGAUUACAAAUUGAAGAAGUUUUACGCUACAGUUAAGAAUUUUGUGUAAACAGAAUCUCGUAAAACCAUGUCGGCGGAAAAAGUGAUCGAUUUGAUGGCUGACGAAAACGACGAUGUGAUUUUGAUUGACGACAGCCCCAAAUCCAGCUUCUCGGUGGAUUCUUCGGUGGAUGCGGCCAGCACCGGGACCGAGCCGACAGAUCAAAAACCAUUCGCAAUGGAAGAUCCCAUUCCGGUGGACAUGGAUUUAGAUAUGGAUGAUGAAGUUAUUCAAAUUCCCAUCAGCAACCAGACUUUGGCCGAGGAGAAGAAGAACACUGGAAACGACCUGUACAAGAUCAAGCGGUAUGAUGCAGCACUACAACUAUACACGGAGGCGAUCAACCUUUGUCCGGAGACUCCAGCGUACUACGGAAACCGGGCCGCUACCUACAUAAUGCUCGGCGACUACAAAUCCGCCCUCAGGGAUGCCAAACAGUCGGUCCAAAUUGACAGCAACUUCGAGAAGGGCUAUAUGCGAAUUGCCAAAUGUUCGCUAGCAAUGGGUGAUUUGAUUGGAACUGAGCAAGCAGUUAAGAAAUUCCUAGAGUUGGACCCAUCCAGCCAAGCACUGAAGCCCGAGUUGAUCAGCCUGAAACAAUUGCGCGACAUAAAUGAGAAAGCUGCCAGUUGCUAUGACAAACAGGACUACCGAACAUGCUUAUACCACUGUGAUAAUGCCAUCAAAAUAGCCCCUGCAAGCAUUCACUAUAAAUUGCUGAAAGCUGAAUGCUUAGCAAUGUUGGGCCGUUUUGACGAAGCUGGCGACAUUGCUAUCAGCAUAAUGCAGUUAAAUUCGACCAAUGCCGACGCGAUCUAUGUGCGUGGACUGACGCUUUACUACAGCGAUAAUUUGGAAAAAGGUCUUUUGCACUUUGAAAGAGCAUUACAGCUUGAUCCGGAUCAUAAGAAAGCUAAAUCGAUGCGAGUCAAAGCUAAGCAGCUUAAAGAACGCAAAGAAAAGGGUAACGAACUUUUUAAAAGCGGAAAGUUUAAAGAAGCGCAAGUUGUCUAUACAGAAGCGCUUGCGCUUGAUCCAAUAAAUAAGGACAUCAACAGCAAAUUGUAUUACAACCGAGCCUUGGUGAAUUCCAAAAUUGGAAACAUCAGAGAAGCCAUCACAGAUUGCACCUGCGCGUUAGAAAAUAAUGAGAGAUACAUGAAAGCAUUGCUGCAAAGAGCUAAGUUACAAUACAAUUUGGAAAACUUCGAAGAAUGCGUGAAGGAUUAUGAAAAAGCGUUGAAGUUUGAAAAAACAAUGGAAAUCAAGAACCUGCUUAAAGAUGCAAAACUACAGCUGAAAAAGUCGAAACGUAAGGAUUACUAUAAGAUUUUGGGAAUAGGCAAGCAAGCAUCCGAUGAGGAGAUCAAGAAAGCAUACCGAAAACGAGCUCUCGUUCACCAUCCCGAUCGGCACGCCAAUUCGACGGAGGACGAAAAGAAGGAACAGGAACGAAAAUUCAAGGAAGUUGGCGAAGCGUACACGGUUCUUUCCGACCCUGUCAAGAAGAGUCGGUAUGACAACGGUUAUGACAUUGAAGAGCUUGAUCAAGCUGAUGUUGACCCACAACAAAUGUUCCGGCAGUUCUUCCAGUACCCCGGUGGCGACUCCAACUUCGGUGGUGGAUUCGGCGGCGGUGGUUUCGGUGGCGGCGGCAGCAAUUUCACGUUCCGUUUCGGUUAAGCGCCAAGCUAAAUUUGAUCGGAACAUUUGCAUCACUUAACACUUUUAGAAACUUUCUCUGCUAAGCAAAGUGAAAAAAACCCACAGGUUAAUAUCGAUAGUUUAAAGUUGUAGUUUCAAGAUAUAUGACAUACGCGUGGAAAAAAAAUACAAGAAGGAAGAGAGCGUUCCGUCAUUGUAUUUUUUUCUGUCUUCAGCAGCAACAGCGCAGUAGCGGAGCUAAUAGUGUUCUUGUCUUAUUUUAUAAUUCCGUGUUAUACAAUCUAUCUGGGCCGUAAUUGUUCUUCUGUGGAUACACAAUGGAUUAAAAAUAGUGAUAAAUGGUACAUUACGAUAAACAAAUCACUAUUACCCUAAACAAAAGUGUAAUCUUCUGAGCAUGCAGGACAAUGAACAGCUCUUGCAAAUUUUAAAAAACAAUAUUGACAUGUAAUCAGCUAGAUUGAAAUACAAUACAAGCAUGUUAGAUGUCCACAGAAUAAA